CCCUGCCAUAUGACUGUUUAGAAGCCAGCCUUCCUUCAACAGAACAGAACCACAGGAGAGCUCCAGUAAACCAGAAUCUACACUGAAAUAAUCAACAUUACCCCAUUUGAAAACCAUCUAAAGCAAUCAUGGGUGAUCAGAAGGGCGGUGAUUUGGCGACGGCGAUCCUUCGGAAAAAGGACAAGCCUAACAGACUCCUGGUAGAGGAAGCAGUGAACGAUGACAAUUCAGUGGUUGCCCUGUCCCAGGCAAAGAUGGACGAGCUACAGCUGUUCCGUGGUGACACAGUCCUGCUGAAAGGCAAGAGACGCAAAGAAACAGUCUGCAUUGUCCUAUCAGACGAGACAUGUCCAAACGAGAAGAUCCGAAUGAAUCGAGUUGUUCGAAACAACUUGCGCGUCCGUUUGAGCGACGUAGUGUCCGUGCAGGCAUGUCCAGACGUAAAAUAUGGAAAAAAAAUUCACGUCCUACCAAUAGACGACACAGUAGAAGGUCUCACUGGUAAUCUCUUCGAGGUUUACCUCAAGCCCUAUUUCCUGGAGGCAUAUCGUCCCAUCCACAUGGACGACACCUUUAUCGUUCGCGGUGGAAUGCGAGCUGUUGAGUUCAAAGUUCUGCAGACAGAUCCUAGCCCCUACUGCAUAGUUGCCCCAGACUCUGUCAUCCACUGCGAUGGAGAGCCCAUAAAACGUGAGGACGAGCAAGAGGCACUCAAUGCAGUGGGAUACGACGACAUCGGAGGUGUUCGCAAACAGCUGGCACAGAUCAAGGAGAUGGUGGAAUUACCACUGCGUCAUCCAUCACUCUUCAAGGCCAUUGGAGUCAAGCCUCCACGUGGAAUUCUACUCUAUGGACCCCCAGGUACAGGAAAAACCCUCAUCGCACGUGCUGUAGCCAAUGAAACGGGUGCCUUCUUCUUCUUGAUAAAUGGCCCUGAGAUAAUGUCAAAAUUGGCUGGUGAGUCUGAAUCUAAUCUGCGAAAGGCCUUCGAGGAGGCUGAGAAAAAUUCACCAGCUAUUAUAUUCAUCGACGAGCUAGACGCCAUCGCCCCAAAGCGUGAGAAGACUCACGGUGAAGUGGAGAGACGCAUUGUCUCUCAAUUAUUGACCCUCAUGGACGGUAUGAAGCAGAGCUCUCACGUAAUUGUUAUGGCAGCUACCAACAGACCCAACAGCAUCGAUGGAGCACUUCGCAGGUUUGGAAGAUUCGAUAGGGAAAUUGAUAUUGGCAUUCCCGAUGCAACUGGACGUCUCGAGAUUCUUCGCAUUCACACGAAGAAUAUGAAACUCGCUGAGGACGUCGAGCUCGAGCAAAUUGCAGCUGAGAGUCAUGGACAUGUUGGAGCUGAUCUGGCAUCACUCUGCUCUGAGGCUGCACUCCAGCAGAUCAGGGAGAAAAUGGAUCUCAUCGAUCUCGAGGACGAUCAAAUCGAUGCUGAGGUGUUGACCUCAUUGGCUGUCACCAUGGAUAAUUUCAAAUAUGCCAUGGCCAAGAGCAGUCCUAGUGCUCUUCGUGAAACUAUCGUCGAGGUGCCAACUGUAUCCUGGGAUGAUGUUGGAGGGCUGCACAAUGUCAAGAAGGAACUCCAGGAGCUUGUGCAGUAUCCUGUCGAGCAUCCCGACAAAUUCUUGAAGUUUGGCAUGCAACCUUCGAGGGGGGUGCUCUUUUAUGGACCACCUGGGUGUGGAAAGACUCUCUUGGCUAAGGCCAUUGCUAAUGAAUGUCAGGCCAAUUUUAUAUCUGUUAAGGGGCCUGAGUUGCUUACCAUGUGGUUUGGAGAGUCUGAGGCUAAUGUCAGGGAUGUUUUUGAUAAGGCAAGAUCAGCAGCUCCCUGCGUUCUUUUCUUCGACGAAUUGGACUCGAUCGCAAAAUCUCGUGGUGGAUCAGUGGGUGAUGGUGGUGGUUCGGCAGAUCGUGUGAUUAAUCAAAUUCUCACGGAAAUGGACGGAAUGGGGGCUAAGAAAAAUGUAUUCAUCAUUGGUGCAACGAAUCGUCCUGACAUCAUUGAUCCAGCAAUACUCCGACCAGGGCGUCUCGAUCAGCUCAUCUAUAUUCCACUGCCCGACGAGAAGUCCCGUGAAGCAAUCUUCAAGGCUAAUUUACGUAAAUCACCAGUUGCCAAGGACGUUGAUCUAACGUACAUUGCAAAAGUAACACAUGGUUUCUCUGGUGCUGAUUUAACUGAGAUAUGUCAACGUGCCUGCAAAUUAGCCAUUAGACAGUGCAUCGAGACUGAGAUUCGUAGGGAAAAGGAACGAAUGAAUAAUCCAUCGGUGUCCAUGGAUACUGAUGAUGAUGAUCCCGUACCGGAGAUUACCAGGGCUCAUUUCGAGGAGGCCAUGAGGUUUGCUCGUCGCUCUGUGUCUGAUAAUGACAUCAGGAAGUAUGAAAUGUUUGCACAGACGCUACAGCAGUCACGAGGUUUUGGCACCAACUUCAGAUUCCCUCAAAAUGCUGGAGGUGGCCCACAAGAUUCAACGCAGGGCGAUCAAACCUUCCAGGACGAUGGUGACGACGAUCUCUAUAGUUAAGUCUUCGUAACUGUAAUAUUCUUUGCAGUGGAGCGCAUCACAAAAGAGCCUGUCCACUUUGUUUGUUUACAUCUUCUUGUUUUUCACCCAUGAGUUGACACUUGUCACGAAUUUUCAGGGCUACUAUUAUCCACGAAUACAAAAAACGUGAAGAAAAGUCGAGGAAUAGAUUUUUCCUCUCGAAAAUUACAAAUCUGGGCCCAGACUCAUUACACAAAUUAUGAAUGAAAUGAAUAAGUAAGAAUUGAAUAAAAUCAUUUUAAAUAAAUGAAGAAAAUAUUAGUUCGUGUUUUUAUACGGAAUUAAUGAUUGAGUGAAUUUGUCGUUUAUCUCGAGAGAUUACAAGUAGUUGAAAAUUUUUAUAUGACCCUCAAGACCUCAUCUCGCAUUCCAUUUACCUCGAAGCAAACGAAUUCAUUGAAUAAAUAGAUUAUUCCAGGAUAGGCUCUUUUGUUAUGUCGUAAGGCUGUACCUUUUUUUCACGAAAAAAAAAAAUCGUCACAAGUAGGUUUGAAGAGAAGAAUUGUCGAUAAUUCAGGAGUGAAGGCGUUGAAACGUCACGAAAGAGUUUUCAUCUUCUGUUGGAUAUUAAUCAAGAGCAAAUUUUUCCCCUGCUAAUCUCUUCAUCUAUGAAAAUCCUUGUGAUAUCAGGAAUAUCUCGUUAUCGAGACACAAAUCCGAUAGAUGUGCAAAAUUCCACUCAUGACGAUUCACUCUUCACUGUAAUUCAUACUGCGUUAAGGAUAAAAUAAUAACAGAUAAAUAAAUAAAAUGAAAUAAACAAGGAAAA